AUGAGUUUGCGUCUAGGAAUAAGAUCAUGGGCACUUCGUCCAUCAAAUAUGUUAUUGAAAAACAAGGCAGUGAGCUCAACAAGGCAAUUGAACAUGAUAAGGCAAAACUCAACCAAGGCAACCAUAUACGAUCAAGUCACAGGUAAAACGAUACCACUUGCUGAUCCUGAACAUCCAGAAUGGGCUGAUUACAAGAACCCGCCAGCUAUCUUGGCUCAAAAGAAAGACCCAUAUGUGAAAUAUGACGACCAACAAAAUAGAAGAAACUUGAACGAUCCCGUUAAUAUGGAUGAAGAUCUUUACGAUAUCUGGUCACCAGAUUACUAUGAUUUUGUUUCCGACUCAACUGCCUUAAAACACAACGGUAUUUUCUUUGGCCUACUUUUUGGUGUUGCUGGUGUUGUAGCCUACUUCCAGUUGAACCCAGAAAAGCCAGCUAUGAUUAGAUCAUUUCCAUACGAUGGAUUGGCUGAUGCUUUAGGUGCUACUUCGAAAGAGGAUGCUGCGUUUUACCAAAAUAAACCAGACGUUGAUGCUGAAAAGGAAUGUGGUGUAUUACCAGAAGAGUCUGAAGUUGCUUCAAACAGAGACUCCUAUGAAAAGAGUAAUGCUUCAUACAUAAAAGCUUGA